AUGGCAACCGCUCCACGCCAGCAGCUCGCAAGUCGUGCCGCCGGACGCAAGCAAUUCAAGCGUACCUACAAGAUCCCUCGCUCUCUCAAGAAGGCCAUCAAGAAGAACCUGUAUCAGAUCGUCAAGGAGCGUGAACGCGAGAUCCGCGAUGAGGAGCAUGAGAAAGCCUCCAUCCACCACAAAGCAUUCCUCUCCGGCAUCUGCAGUAACCUGUCUAAGAUGAUCGACCUCUGGGAUACAUAUGGUGGAAGUGACGAAUUGGGCAAUGAACUUGAGAUCCAGCUCGCCCAUAGCUUCUACACAGUUGGCUUCGAGACGGCAAGACAAAAUGGAGGCUUACCCGCACAGACAGCUUUUGCGAGACGCGUACUUGAGAAGCGAUUGGGCAUUGAAGAUCUGUACGACAGAAUCAGAGCCUGGUUGAUCGAGCAAGGCGAGGAUGCAGUUGAGGUCGAAAAGUUGGGAAAGGAAGCAGAGGUUAAGAUGAGGUUGAAAAUGAAGACAACGAGCUGGACGCCACCGAGGUGUAUGACUGGACCUCUACAUCCACUUUGGAGUGACGAAGAAGCAAAACCAUCAGCUUCGAACCAUAUGGAUGCACUUGAUACAUCUGAGAUGGACUGA